AGAGAGAGAGAGAGAUUGGAUGGGCUGCUGCUUGUAUAUAUAGGGGGGGACAGAGCGAGGAAGAAAAAGUGACUGCUCUCUGCUCUCACUCCACAGAGUCCCUUCUCUGCCCUCUGGUUUUCGCACUUGGACUUGGGAUUUCGAGCAGCACUGUAAAGCUGACCGACAAUCCCCAAGUUCUUUUCGAUUCCUGCUCUCCCUCUCUCCGAAAUACUCUUCUUCAUGUGCUGAAGGUUGGGGAAAUGGCGGAGCACGAGGCCUACCUUUCCAUCUGAAGAUUCUUCGUCUAACUAGUUCCUAUUCUCCCAUCUCACAAAUUCCGAGUUUGCUGCAGGAAAACUAGGAAGUAGAGGAGGACGACAAAAGCUGUUCCGCUGGUUGAUCUCUCUUGAAAAAGGUGAUACAUUUUUAGUAUGAAGGAGAUUGACAAGAAGAAAAGUCCGAACACUAAUCAAACAAAACGUUCGGUAAGAUCUGAAAGACGGGAGCGUAAAGUGCCACAAGACAGGGCCUGCAAAAUUUCUACUACAAAAAAAGCGGAAUCUAAAACUUCACAUACUAAAGCUGACUCGAAUUCAUCAGUAAGCGAUUCAAAUACAGGUACAGAGUCCUCCGAAGUUUAUGAAAACAUGGUUAUACAUUAUGUGGAUGAUGGUAACAGGACUGAGGAGACUUCUGGUUCUGGAGAUUCCAAUGAACUGGUUGACAAAGACAAUAAGGAUGAAAUAAAUGACCAUUCUAGUGCUUUGGAGAAAGAAGAGAAGCAGGGGAAUGAAGAAGAAUCAGAUUGUGAGACAAUAAAAGAUUCAAUAUCUUCUCAAGGGGAUUCACAAACAGCUGAGGAUGAGAAAGUAGAUAAUUCUUCAACAGUUUCUAAAAAGGUCUAUGAAAAGGAUUCCCCUGACAGCCAAUCCCAUGCUUCUAAAGUGAAAUCUGAACAAGGAAGAAAUAAUUUGCAGGUCAAGGCAUCACACAACACCCCUAAGAAAGACUCAAAAUCCAAUGAAGGGCCUUCUAAAAAGAUUGUAUCUGAUGAAAACUCAAAAUAUAUAAAGAUUUCACCAAAAUCUUCCUCAGAACCCUCUGAAGGUGUUGAUGAGAAGCCCCUAGAGGAUGCAAAGGAAGUGGAUGUAUUGGAUGCUGCCUCAAAUGGUGCUCAUAGCGUUGAAAGUGAUGAUGGAACACUCAAUGUUGAUGGACAUGGCAACCCUGAAGGUCAGGCAGCUUUAGACCAAAAGAUUGAAGAACUGGAAACAAGAAUAGAGAAAUUCGAAGAGGAGCUUAGAGAAGUUGCUGCUCUUGAAAUUGCUCUCUAUUCUAUUGUGCCGGAGCAUGGUAGUUCAGCACAUAAGGUACACACACCUGCUCGGCGUCUUUCUAGACUCUACAUACAUGCUUGCAAAUACUGGUCACUAGACAAGCGGGCCACAGUUGGCAGAAAUACUGUGUCAGGACUUGUUUUGGUUGCCAAGUCAUGCAGCAAUGAUGUUCCAAGGUUAACUUUCUGGUUGUCAAAUACUGUGGUACUGAGGGAAAUUAUCUCUCAAACAUUUGGCAAUUCUUGUAACUCGAGCUCCAUUUCAAGAAUUAUUGAAUUGAAUGGCGAGGGAAAGAAAAAUGAAGGGAAGUCUUCAUCACUCAAAUGGAAGGGGAAUUCAGGCAGUAGACCAACAAGCAAUCAUGGUCUUAUGCAAUUUGUGGAUGAUUGGCAAGAGACAAGGACAUUUACAGCUGCGCUAGAGAAAGUUGAAUCCUGGAUUUUCUCCAGGAUUGUUGAAUCAAUAUGGUGGCAGAACUUAACUCCUAACAUGCAAUCUCCACUUGAGGAUUUGGAUGUCAAUAAAACUGUUGGAAGAGUAUCGGGACCCGCCUUGGGUGACCAACAGCAAGGCAACUUUUCAAUUAAUCUUUGGAGAAAUGCUUUCCAAGACGCAUUCAAAAGACUAUGUCCCAUUAGAGCAGGAGGCCAUGAAUGUGGUUGCUUGCCUGUGUUGGCAAGAUUGGUUAUGGAGCAAUGUAUUGCCAGACUAGAUGUGGCCAUGUUCAAUGCCAUUCUGCGUGAGUCAGCCCAUGAAAUCCCAACUGAUCCUGUAUCAGAUCCUAUAAUUGAUUCCAAGGUUUUGCCUAUUCCAGCUGGGGAUUUGAGCUUUGGAUCUGGUGCACAACUCAAAAAUUCUAUUGGCAAUUGGUCCAGAUGGCUUACUGAACUGUUUGGUAUUGAUGCUGAUGAUGUUCUGAGAGAAUAUGAUCACAAUAAUGAUGAUCCUCAGGGUGGAGAUGCUGAAUUGAAACACUUCCAUCUGCUAAAUUCCUUGAGUGACCUUUUGAUGCUUCCAAAGGACAUGCUUAUGGACAGAUCAAUCAGGACAGAGGUGUGCCCAUCCAUUAGUCUUCCAUUGGUUAAACGAAUACUCUGCAACUUCACUCCAGAUGAGUUCUGCCCUGAACCUGUCCCAGGUGCUGUUUUAGAGGCAUUAAAUGCUGAGUGUAUCAUAGAGAGGAGAUUAUCAGGAGAGACAGCCAGCAGCUUCCCUUACCCUGCUGCCCCUGUUAUCUAUACCCCGCCUUCCCCUGCCAACGUGGCGGAGAAAGUUGCGGAGGCAGGAGGGAAUUCUCAGCUGGCUAGAAAUGCAUCUGUCAUACAGAGGAAGGGAUAUACGAGCGACGAUGAACUGGAGGAGCUCGAAUCUCCUCUGGCAUGUAUCAUCGACAAAAUGCCAUCAUCUCCCAGUGGUAUAGCAAAUGGGAACGGGAAAGGGAAAGAGGAGCAAAUGAACAGCAUUGGGAUUGCGAGGUAUGAACUCCUUCGUGAAGUUUGGUUAGCGUGAAUCAUCAACAAAUUUUUACUUGUACGAUUAUUGUUUUAAUUUUCUGUUGAAGAAAAAUGAAUAUUGAAGUAAAUAGGAGGAGGGGAAAGCGAGGGUUUGAAUUGCAAGUUUAUCCUCAAAUGUGUUUAUUAUUAUAGGUAUAGACUUCCUUGUAAAUUUGGGGGUUGGUUUGUGAUGAAGAAGAUGUUACAUUCCAGAAGCUCCAUUUCAUUUAAUAAGAACCUUUUUUCAAUUUCUAACUGCAG